AUAGCUCUGCCAAAAAACCAGCUAAUUACAAGAAUAAAAUCCAAUUUUUUUCAUCACUACUUCUCCAAAUCAUGAGUGUGCCGAUGGUAUUUCAGGCCAAAGCCAUGACUACAAAGCUCAUACUCUCCACUGCAUUUUUAGCUCUUCUCAUCUCCAUUUCGUUACUCUAUUUCGAUUCCGAAUAUCCCAGUAUUCUCCACCAACAAUACUCCAAUAAUAACGCGACCAUCAAAUUUCAAGACGCCGUGGGCCUGGAGAGCUUCGACUUCGACGGGGGCGGCGGCGGGCCCUACACCGGCGUCUCCGAUGGGAGGAUUAUCCGGUGGCAGGCCAAUGAGAGCCGUUGGGUGGACUUCGCCGUCACGUCACCGGAUAGGAAGUUUGUUUCGGCGAUCAUGAGUGGCGACGACAGCGGAAGGGUGAUGAAAUUCGACGCCCGAACAAGAAAAACUAGUGUCCUCGUGGACAAGCUCAAGUUCCCAAACGGCGUCGCAUUGAGCAGAAACGGCGAUUUCCUCCUUUCCGUGGAGACCACGACUUGCAAACUGUACAAGUUGUGGCUCAAAACCAGGAAUGUAGAGGUGGUGAUAGAGUUCCUCGGAUUCCCUCCCCUGACAAUAUAAAGAGGAAUAGGAAUGGCGAAUUUUGGGUGGGGAUCAAUUCCCGGAGAGGAAAGCUAGUGCGAUGGCUCAUUUCCAACCCUUAGAUCGGAAAGGCCGUCGUUAGGUAUGUGCCAUUGGAUGUCACGAAGAUACGCGCUUAAUGGCCUAGUGGUAGAGCGAUGGGGAUUAGAUUGGAUAGGAAUGGGAAUGUGGUGGAUGUGUUGGAGUUUGGGAAAUGGAAGGAGGUUAGUGAAGUGCAUGGGGAGAAUGGCUCUUUGUGGAUAGGACCUGUUAUCAAGCCAUUUUCUCUUACUCACACA